UUUUUUCAAGUAACACAGGAUAGAGCUGUCAAAUUUGUUUCGACCUCUAAUCGUGGUCCUCAUCUCGAGGUGAUGUCGGAUAAACGUCAGCGUGCCAGGGUCCAGGGCUCUUGGGCCAAACCACUGCCCAAACAACCACGUCCAACAGGAGCAAUUCCCAAUCCCAGCAGUGUUGUGAAACCAAGUGCCAAUCCACCACCUGCAGGUCGGGGAGUGGGACAGCGGAUGUUUGAGUAUCAACAGCCUGCUAAGCCAGUCAGAGAUGUCCCUACAGAGAAGGUGAUGGAAAUGGGCGGUGAUUAUGAGAUCAGCCAUGGCCCAUCAGGAGUGUCAAGACUGAGGCUGAUCCCUGGGUUCCUGCCACCAGAGGAGGCUGACUGGGCCUUCAGUAAACUGCUAGCAGAGCUGCCUUGGUCUCAGAAGACUAACUACAGACAGGGUGAGGCCUAUGAGGAGCCCAGGUUAACCUGCUGGUAUGGAGAACUGCCUUACACGUACGCCCACUCUACUAUGGAGGCCAACACACAGUGGCACCCGUUGCUGGUCACCCUGCGCUGCGCCAUAGAGAAGGCGAGUGGCCACUGUUUCAACUCGCUGAUGUGUAACCUGUACAGGAACUGCAAAGACAGCAUCGGCUGGCACAGUGAUGACGAGGCCGCGCUGGGCACCCGGCCCACCAUCGCCUCCCUCAGCCUGGGGGACAUGAGGGUGUUCAGCCUCCGCAAGCAGCCCGCACCGGAGGAGAACGGAGACUACACGUAUGUGGAGAGGCUGCGGAUCCCUCUGACUCACGGCACUCUCCUGAUGAUGGAAGGAGCCACUCAGGAUGACUGGCAGCAUUCAGUGGCCAAAGAGUACCACGACCGAGGGCCUCGUAUCAACCUGACCUUCCGCACCAUGUACCCAGAGCAUGACCGAGACCAAGGGCCAGACUACCAACCCAACACUAAACACACUGUCCUUCACAAACAACUUCACACUUAACGCUGGGUGGGACUGCUAAGAAGAGUGGUAAAGGAAGAUUGUGUGGAUAUUUGGAGGAAGAGGAGAUAAUGACCUGGACCCUUGAUGGACACCAUUAAGUACACUUUAUGGGAUAGUGAGGAAGAUGAUGAGUGUUGACAUCAGGAGAAAAUACAAGCUUAAAACCACCAGACAAGAUUUGAAAGGAGUUAUCAAAGUUUACAGUUAUGCUCACUAAAUAUGUGGAGAGCAAUGUUAUUGUUUCAUUGCAUCAUACAGUAGAUUUUGCCUUAAAUAUAUCCCAUAACGGAUUAGUUUGACAACUAUAGUUUCUGUGGAAUGGAAUCUCGGGGGUCAAGUUCUAUGAAGGCCUUAUAAAGUUAAAAUCUGAAGUUAAAAAUAUUUUUGUAUAAUUUAUCCACAUUUAUUUAUUUAUUUGAAGACUAAUCAGGACAUGGAAAAUAUGGAGGAGGAGUUUUGGCUUUCUACCUGGUUGCCUUUUAUUUCAUCUUUCUUUGGCUUCAAAUUUUGAUUUUGUUUAAUUAGCUAUUCUAUUUACAAUUACAAGUCGUAAUUUAAUGCCCCUUGUUUUGUAGACUUUUGGGAGAAAAAAUCCCAGCUAUAUAAAAUGUGAAAGAACAACUUUCAAGUUGACCAAAUAUAGCCCUGUUUAUUUUGUAACACUAAAGGAUAAAGUUAUUGUUUUGAAUGGUUGGUAAAUAAACAGAAAGAGAGAAUCAUCA